AUGCGGAGUGAAAUAAUCACCACACUACAUUUCGUCAACAAUCAAAUCGGAGAUGUUGGAGCACAACGCUUAGGUAAUGCAUUGCGAUAUAACACGACACUUAUCGAACUAGGUCUCACAUCUAAUCACAUCGGAGAUGUUGGAGCACAAUAUCUGGCUGUUGGAUUGCGAGUGAACACAACACUCACCAUACUAGAUCUCACCGACAAUCAAAUUGGAACGAUUGGAGCAGAACAUUUGGCUAAUGCAUUACAGUCCAACACAAUACUCACCACACGAGGGCUCACCAAAAAACAAAUCAGAAAAAUUAAAGCACAACAUGUGGCUAAUGCAUUACAGCAUAACGCAACACUGACAACAUUAAAUCUCUGCGACAAUAGAAUCGGAGAUGUUGGAGCACAACAUUUGGCUGGUGGAUUGCAGGCGAACAUAAAACUCACCACACUACAUCUCGCUAACAAUCAAAUCGGAGAUGUUGGAGCACAACGCUUAGGUAAUGCAUUGCGACACAACAAAACACUCACUACACUAUAUCUCGAUCAUAAUAAAAUUAAAAAUGUUGGAGCAGAACAUUUAGGUAUUGCAUUACAACAUAAUAAAACACUUACAAAAUUAGAUCUCUACAACAAUAUGAUCGGAUAUGUUGGAGCCCAGCACUUGGGUGAAGGAUUACAAAACAACGCGACACUCGCCACACUAGAGCUCGCCCAGAAUCUAAUCGGAAGGAUUGGUGCACAAUAUUUGGCUAAUGCAUUACAGAAUAACAAAGCACUCAUUGAACUAGGUCUCGCAUCUAAUCACAUCGGAGAUGUUGGAGCACAAUAUUUAGCUAAUGCAUUGCAGCAUAACACAACAUUGACAACAUUAGAUCUUUCGAGCAAUCAAAUCGGAAAUGUUGGAGCACAGCAUUUGGCUAAUGCAUUACAGUAUAACACAGUAAUUGUCAUUUUCUCUUUAUCUAUACCAUGA